CUCAUUCCCAAAAUUGCCCCCUCCCCCCUCUUCGGCUCUCUCUAUCUCUCUCUCUGUCUCUCUGUGCGCAGCCGAACCCAAAACCUGUCUCUGUUCUGUAGCUGUCUCUCUCUCUCUCUCUCACUCUCUCCGUGCGCGGCCAUCACCAUCUUCGUUCAGUUCAGUUUGAAUUCCAAGAGGAAAAAAAAAUGAUAAAGAGGCAGUUCUACCAUAUAGAACAUGCCAAUAAAGAUGAUGCCUCAGAUUCAUCUUCGUCUUCUGACUCCGAAGUAGAAGCAGAAGAAAUAGAAGAAUCAGAAGAUGAUGCAGUUCCAGAAGUGCAAGAGAAUAAUGAAUGUUGCUCUACCUCAUCUGGUUAUGAGAGUGAGGAUAGCUCGGCAAAUGAGGUUGAUCUUGAAUCAUCAGGUCUACCAAUAAGUGAUGAUGAUGCUGAAACUGGAAAUGAAAAACAAAUCCAUACUGACAGUCAGUUGUCUGGUAAACAUGAUUAUGAAGAACUGAAGAUACAGUCUAAUAUCAUGGCUCAAAAGGAAUCAAUACCGGAAGAUAUUCCAGACUGUAUAUUAAAAUGCAAAUCGGUUUUUAAGUGCAGGAUAUGCCCUAGAAUUAUCUGUUUGAAUGAGGAGACACUGAGGGCUCAUCUCGAGUCCAAGAGACAUGCUCGAUCUGAGAAAUUAUUAAAUGAAGGUAGGCUGAAGGCCAUGCUCAACAGUGAUGGGGAGAUUGAGAACCAAGAGACUGCUGCAGAGAUGAAUGCUCGAAUUUUAGCUAUUCCAUUGGGUAGUAAAAAAAGGAAAAACAGAAGAAGGCAUGGUGAGAAAAAGAAAAAAACAAAGUUACAGAAAACCGGAGAUGAAGAGAAAAUCAGCAGAGCAAAGCAAUCGGCAAAAAGCCCAGCCAAGAAAAGGCGUAAAAAUGAGAACUGAAGAAUGUUACGUUUUUUUUUUCCUUUGCUUUACUGCUAGUGAAUAUACGGCAGCAAGAAUUGAAUCAAAGGAUUUGACCAUUUCUGCAGAGCUACUAACAUUUGGCAUCCUGUGUAAGGCAUUGCUUGGUUUGAUAAAUUCCAAAAUGAUCACUUAACACUAGUUGCUUCCUUUUCUUUUCUUUUUUCCUUUCCAUUCACUCUCCUUCCAGGUUGGGGUGUGUUUCAUCUGGAACUGUAUGCUGCUCUCUACUUUGUAGAAGGCAAUGCAUUGGAUUUUUGGUUUUUAGCACCCUGUGUAAGACAUUGGUUGGUUUGAUAAAUUCCAAAAUUCUGUUAUUCCUGAAAAUCAAGAUCAUAGGAUGCUGUG